UGAAAGUUGAGUCUGGGAGGGGAGCUUCAGCCAGACCAGAGACGUGGCCUGUGAAUCCGAGUCUCGCUUUCUGUGUCUGCUGAGCUGACCCUCCCCAACAGCUGCUUCUUGCCUCGGACCUCGCUAGGUUCACGUCGCGUACCUGUUCGCUAGUAUGCUUAUGCCCUUAUAGUUGCUUUUCCCCGUCAUGGUAGAGCCUUGGCGUAUUAGGGUUAGGCCGUGUCACAGCUUGUGACAUACAGUCGGCACUCUAUCAUUGAAAGAGCUGGGAAGCUGGAACUUCUCGAUCCUGGUUUCCUCGUCCCGGCGUUCCUUGUUGCCGAAUCCUCGUUAUAAGCUCCGCGGUUCGCGUUAAUAAACGAUGCUGGGAAGCGUAAGAGCCCGGCACGUGGCGUGCCUGGUAUCGUGCCUCCUACUCGGCCUCUUACUCGCCGCCUGCUAUCUCUCCCGCGAGUAUGUGGGCUCGCUGCUGCCUCGAGUUACUGUUUCCGUCGACUUGUCGGUGCUAGCGGCGCUGCUCGUCGGCGCUGCCGGCUCGCUCUCCAUCAACUUCCUCCUCCAAAGAAACUUUGCCCUCAUUCCCGUCUCCGCCGCCACCGCUCCCGCUGCUGCCGCUGCUGCCGGCGCAGCUGGCGCGGGGGUAGGGGGAACGGGGGAAGGUGCGGGUGCGGAAGCGGGCGCGGCGGGCGGAGAGGUGGGGGAUCCGGGGCCCGGGCUGGUGGCGUUCGACAUUCCCGAUAACGCGUGCUACUUCUGCGUGCGCCGACCCGCCACCUCCAAAUGCGGCAGCUGCAGGCUGGUGUACUACUGCUGCCGGCUGUGCCAGAUGCAGGCGUGGCGGAAGCACCGGCACGUGUGCGGGGCGGCGGCAGCAGCAGCGGCGCGCAUACAGCGCACGCGGGCGCUGCUGACCCCCUCGCAGUGGCGCGCGCUGGGCGAGUACGGGGACGCCGUGCGCGCGCUGCUGCCCCCCCACCUGCUGGUGCCGACGCAGCCGGACCUGGUGGCGGCGGCGCUGCUCAAGAUGGCGGCGUACGUGCGGCAGCGCCCGCACCUGGUGACGCAGCCCAUGGCGGAUGCCGUGUGGGGCGCGGCGCUGAGCAUGCGCGGCGAGGGCCUGGCGCCGCGGCUGCACAUGGCGUGGGCGUGGGGCUUCCUGGAGGCGUCGGUGGAGUCGGGCGGCGUGGACGCGUUCCUGGGCGCGCUGCGCAUCGACGCCCACGGCGCCGCCGACCUCCCGCGCGUGAACCGGUGGAUGAAGCGCGGGCUGUGCCAGGCGCUGCUCAUGCUCAACAAACGCCAGGAGGUCGGCGCCUUCUUCCGCCACGCGCCCCGCCAGCAGCUCCUCUACUUCUGACCACGGGGCGGGGUAGGGGGGUAUGGGGGAGGGGAGAGGGGAACAGAUGGCACGCACCCCGCCAGCAGCUCCUCUACUUCUGACCACGGGGCGGGGUAGGGGGGGAUGGGGAAGGGGAGAGGGGAACAGAUGGCACGCGCCCCGCCAGCAGCUCCUCUACUUCUGACCACGGGGCGGGAUAGGGGGGAAUGGGGGAGGGGAGAGGGGAACAGAUGGCACGCGCCCCGCCAGCAGCUCCUCUACUUCUGACUGGGGGGGAGAAAAGGGGGGGGGAGAAUGGGGGGGGGGGGAGACGGACAGCAGCUGCUCUAUGGCUGAUGAAAGGAAAGCGGCGAGGGGAAGGGGGAUGGACUGAUGGCAGCUGCUCUUCAUCCGCCAGGCGCCCACGCAGCAGCUGCUAUACUUCUGGUCAAAGGAGAGAGGGGGGGUCAGGUGAGAACAGAUGGCAGGUGGUGUGCUUUACCCCUGCUGUAUCUCUAACGUGGGAUUGAUGGCAGCUGCUUGGAAGGCAGAAGGAAGCUGCUGUACGGAUGACACAAACAUUGGCAGCUGUCCUGUCGCUAACACUGAGCAAAGCAGAUCGUUGCUGCUCUGGUUGCGUGCAGGCAGCACCUGCUUUACCUCACCUGGGGGACAGAUAGCAUCGCACCGCUGCUUUGAUUCUGAUGCAGGCAGGCCGCAGCUGGUUUGCUUUGGAUGGGACUCACGGCAGCUGGGUUAGUCCUAGUGUGCUGAUCUUGACAGGAGGAUGCUGUUUUACUUCUAUUAAAUACAAACAGCAGCUGCUGCAGUGCCUGAAUGGGCAGAUAGCAGCUGCUACAGUGCUCGAACAGACUAGCAACUGAACAUUGUGUUCCUUCUUGACGUGGGUGUUUCUUUGUGUCGCCCUUGAAACGGAUCAAGGGCCAUAUGCUUUGUGACAAUUUCCAGGGUGUAGGUUGCUCUCCGUAUAUGCAAGGUAGUCCACGGAGGGUGAAGGGAUCAGAAAUGGGUUGAGGAGACGUAUUGCUGCUGGAACCAUGAUGAGUGUAGCAGGAUUCAUUUAUUGGUGUGCCUGUCUGGAGGGCUA